AUGGGAGAUUUGGGAUGUGUACCUGGUGCAGAGGGUGCCAUAAGGAAGUAUUAUCGAAACAAAACGGUACUAAUAACCGGAGGAACGGGCUUCAUUGGAAAAGUGCUACUGGAGAAGUUACUGCGCUGUUUCGAAGUGAAUAAAGUGUUCCUGUUGGUGCGACCGAAGCGCAAUAGAACCGUCACCCAACGGCUGGAGGAUGUGUUCGAGGAUGUGGUUUUCGACAACCUGAAGGCAUCUCCGGGAGGCGGGAAACCACUCCUCUCGAAGGUGAUCCCGAUCGAGGUGAACUUCCAGUCGGACAAAGUCAUCAGUGCCGAAAGCCAGCGUGUACUUGCGGCAGAAGUGGAGAUAGUUUUCAACGUCAUGGCGUCGGUCAAGUUCAACGAAGACAUCGAUACGGCACUCGACACGAACGUGGUAUCGUCGCGCAAGCUGCUGCUGAUGGUGGAACAAUUUCCGGCGCUCCAGUCGAUCGUGCAUGUGUCGACGUUCUUUUCCAACUGCCACCGGAGCCAUAUAGAGGAGCGGAUCUACGGUGACCUGCCGUUCGGUGGGUUCGAAAACAUCCUGCGCCUGUUCGAGCAUUUGUCGGCGGCGGAAAAGGACGCACUGAAGCCACUUAUUCUCGGACCGAUGCCGAACAGCUACACGUUCAGCAAGCGCUGUGCCGAGGUGAUGAUCCACGAGCAGUUUGCCCAUCUACCAAUUGCCGUGUUUAGGCCACCGAUCGUGUCCUCGGCGUACCGGGAACCGUCGCCCGGUUGGGUGAACAACUUCAAUGGUCCGGCUGGGCUGGUGGUAUGUGCCAUUCGGGGGCAGGUGUUCUGGUGCUAUGGUGCGGACGAUGCCACCGUGCACAUGGUUCCUGUGGACUAUUGCGUCAACGCGUUGUUGGCGGUCGGUUGGAAUAACGCCCAACGCACCAGAACAGAAGGACUACUCCAUGGUGAGCUCGUACCGGUAUACAACUACGCCUUCCGGGACAAUUUGAUACGAAAUCGGGACGCUGGUGCGCUGCUAGCCCGCGGCAUAGACUCGUGGGUCGGCCGUAUUUUUGGCCGCUACACCAUCCACAUUACAUCUUCGAUGUUCAUGAGGAAACUGUUCAUCUGCUACUUGCUCCUCCAGGCGACGAUAGCAGAUCUCGUUAGAAUGUUUACCGGAAAGAAACAAAUACACUACACCAACAUCAAACGAUUGGUGAACCUGGACGAUUCGACCAGCUAUUUCCGGUGCCAUUCGUGGACGGUGGAAAAUGGCAACAUUCGGAGGUUAUGGGAUCGUGUUUCACCCGAAGAGAAGCGGCUGCUACCGUUCGAUGUCGAAACGCUCGACUGGAAGGACUACUUUCGCUACUUUGUGAAAGGAGUUGCCGCCGCGUUGCAGCGAAUGAGGAUAGCGAAGCGACAGUGUUAA